CUUCUCUCUCCUCCACCAGAGAUGCUUUCUCUGAAGAAAUACUUCACCGAAGGCCUCAUCCAGUUCACCAUCCUGCUCAGCCUCAUCGGGGUCCGUGUGGACGUGGACACCUACCUGAAUUCCCAGCUCCCUCCUCUGCGGGAGAUCAUCCUGGGCCAGAGCUCUGCCUACACCCAGACCCAGUUCCACAACCUGAGGAACACCUUGGAUGGCUAUGGCAUCCACCCAAAGAGCGUGGACCUGGACUAUUACUUCACCGCCCGCCGGCUGCUCAACCAGGUGAGGGCCCUGGACAGGUUCCAGGUGCCCAGCACCGAGGUCAAUGCCUGGCUGGUGCACAGGGAUCCCGAGGGAUCCGUGUCUGGGGGGCAGCCCAGCGCCGGAUCCGGCCUGCAGGAUGGCGGCAGCGCCGAGAGCGGGGUGAGGGAGAGCGGAGCCGAGCAGGGAUUCGGGGAGGAACUGGAGGAUUUGGGAGCCGUGGCCGCGCCGGCGAACGGAGACCUCACCAAGGAGGACAUCGAUUUGAUUGACAUCCUGUGGAGACAGGAUAUUGAUCUCGGCGCUGGGCGAGAGAUUUUUGACUACAGCCACCGGCAGAAAGAGAGCGAAGUGGACAAAGAGCUGAGCGAUGGGAGGGAGCGCGGGGACAGCUGGAGGAGUGCAGGGAAUGAGGUCUUGGAUAGAAACCUGCUAGUUGAUGGAGAGACCGGGGAGAGUUUCCCUGCGCAGGUGCCCGGUGCGGAGGAUCAGACAGCCCUGUCCCUGGAGGAGUGCCUUAGGCUGCUGGAGGCCACCUUCCCUUUCGGGGAGAACUCGGAGUUCCCAGCUGCGGAUGUCUCCGCCCUGAGCGAAGCCGUCCCCGGGCAGAGCCGGGCCCCGGGCGGCCCCCCCACCCUACUGUCCCCCCUCCUGGCCGAGAACGAGUCGCCCUUCGACCUGGAGCAGCAGUGGCAGGACCUCAUGUCCAUCAUGGAGAUGCAGGCCAUGGAAGUGAACUCCACGACGGGCGAGAGCCUGUUCGGCGGCACCGGCGGAGACCUCCUGGCGUCCAACUACAGCCUGGCCCCCGGCACCCCCAUCAACCAGAACGUGAGCCUGCAUCAGGCCUCGCUGGGCAGCUGCUCCCAGGACUUCUCCCUCUUCAGCUCCGAGAUCGAGAGCCCCUCCAUGGUGGGCGGCUCGGCCCUGCUGCAGCUGACGCCGGACAACUCCACCGGCCUCAACAGCACCUUCGGCUCCACCAACCUGAGCGGGAUCUUCUUCCCGCCCCAGAUGAACAGCACGGGCAACGAGACGGCCGGGCCCGAGCUGCCCGACCCGCUGGGAGGGCUCCUGGACGAGGCCAUGCUGGAUGAGAUCAGCCUCAUGGACCUGGCCAUCGAGGAGGGCUUCAACCCCGUGCAGGCCUCGCAGCUGGAAGAGGAGUUCGACUCCGACUCAGGUCUUUCCCUGGAUUCUGGCCACAGCCCCGCUUCUCUGAGCAGCUCGGAAGCCUCGUCCUCCUCGUCCUCUUCCUCCUCGUCCUCGUCCUCCUCCUCGUUUUCCGAGGAAGGGGCCGUGGGCUACAGCUCCGACUCGGAGAACGUGGACUUCGAGGAAGCGGAAGGGGCGGUGGGAUACCAGCCGGAGUACAGCAAGUUCUGCCGCAUGAGCUACCAGGACCCGGCCCAGCUCCAUUACCUGCCUUACCUGGAGCACGUUGGCCACAACCACACCUACAACAUGGCCCCGGGGGCCCUGGAUCCCGAGGAGCCCAAACUGCCCGGCGGCGGCAAGAAGAGCGGCGGCCCCAAGGAGAAACCGUCCGAGUUCCUGGACAAGCAGAUGAGCAGGGACGAGCACCGAGCCAGGGCCAUGAAGAUCCCCUUCACCAACGACAAGAUCAUCAACCUGCCCGUGGAGGAGUUCAACGAGCUCCUGUCCAAGUACCAGCUCAGCGAGGCCCAGCUCAGCCUCAUCCGCGACAUCCGCCGGCGCGGCAAGAACAAGAUGGCGGCGCAGAACUGCCGCAAGAGGAAGCUGGACACCAUCCUCAACCUGGAACGGGACGUGGAGGACCUGCAGCGCGACAAGUCCAAACUGCUCAGGGAGAAGGUGGAGUUCCUCAAGUCCAUCCGGCAGAUGAAGCAGAAGGUGCAGAGCCUGUACCAGGAGGUGUUCGGGCGGCUGCGGGACGAGCAGGGGCGGCCCUACUCGCCCAGCCAGUACGCGCUGCAGUACGGCAGCGACGGCUCCGUCCUGCUCAUCCCCCGCGGCCCCGCCGAGCCCCAGCCCCGGCGCCAGGACCGCAAGCAGAAGGACCGCAGGAAGUGAGGGGCAAGGGGAGAGAAGCAGGAGCGGGGACGCUUCGCCACGAGGGGAGAGAGAGAGAGAACUGGAGAAGGGCUGAGCCUGGAAGUAACUUUUAGAGGAACUUUCAUGCCUUCUUAUCCGAUAUAUCUUCUCAACCACGCAACGGGGGGGAACUGGCGCUGCCGGACGCUGCGGGAGCCGCGGGGGGGCCGAGGUUUUUUGUGGGGGUUUGGAGGGACGAGAGGAGGAGCCCCCCCUGCGCUGCCCAGCCCGGAGCCUCCCACAACCCGGGAUCCUUGGAGCGCAGGGACGAGCUGGCAAACGCUGCUGGGGAGGUUGGCAGAGGUGGAAAACAAAAAAAAAACAAAAACUACUGUUAGGAACUGGCUUUAAG